AUGGGGCUGGCCAGCCUCCUCCUUUUGGGGGUAUGUGCCAUGAGCACCCAUGCUUACCUACCUCCGAUGAAGGAGCAUUUCCUUCCGGAAGCUCUUCUGAGGGAAGUUAUGGAAUUGGAAGGCUACUUAGAAGACCCAGCCUACCCACAAUUGAGAUCUGGUGAUUAUCAGGAAAAUCCUACAGUGCGUGAUCAUGAGUAUUUACAACACAGCAGCCUCUGGGCUAAUCCAUUCAUUUCAGAAAACAAUGAGAAUACCAACCUUCCUGGAAUACAAAGACCUGAAAAUAAACAAGAAACAUUGCCAGCUUAUUGUGAUCCUCCAAAUCCUUGCCCAAUUGGCUAUACAGCUGAAGAAGGAUGUCUCGAAGAAUUUGAAAACACAGCAGCCUUCAGUAGAGAAUACCAAGCAAGACAAAACUGUAUGUGUGAUUCAGAGCAUAUGUUUGACUGUGCAGCAAAUCGUAAUGCUAAUGAGAUCACUGAAUCAGACUUCGAUCGUCUAGUACAGCAUUUCCAUGUUGAUGAAGGGCAUAAGUCUCUUGUGGCAAAAAAAUACCACAUGAAAAAGAGUGUGAAUCCCUAUUUAGAAGGCGAGCGGCUACCUGUAGCUGCUAAGAAGGGGAUCCAUAUUGGCAAUUGA